AUGGCUGGCUUCAAUCCGGCCAGAGGUGUCCGCCAGCCAGAGUGCGCAGUAUGCCUGCCACCAUCGCCUCCACUGAGAGCAUCUUCCUCCACCGAUUCCUUCCACACCAAAGUCAAUGACUCUUCGCUGGAGUCCUCGCAGGACCUCCACGCACCACCAACUUUACGCAAAACUGACACAAACUCCACGUUGCCGACCGACUUUUCCGGCGCAUCUACCAACGUCGACUCCGAGCCCGAAAGUCCGAUCAUUGAGAAACACCCGCUAUUCCAGCCGGUAGACCAGAAACAGACGGGUGCCUCGCAAUGGCGCUAUGGUCGUAAUCAAGGAGAGACAUGUGCCAGCUGCACUUUCUCCGUUCCCAAGGCUGUGGCUGAGCAACUCCCCGCGGGCGCGCCAGGCAGCAAGAGAGCCGAUGGCGCAAGCACGGCCAACACAGGACCGCCCGUACUACGUUCGAGAGAGUUUGUGUGUUUGCGCGAAAAGAAGAGACGCAAAAGGAGUGUUCAAGCCUCAUACGACUCCAAGUCUUCGUCCUAUGGCUCGUCUGUCGUUUCUUCUGCCCUUUCUCAGACGAGCUCGCGCCCACAGUCUCAUCACUCAGACGACUGUCACGACCAUACAGUAACCUAUCUUACCGCGAAAUCUCCUGUUGAUCCCGAGAGCUAUGCACAACUGCGCGCAUCCGUUAUCCGAACGCUGUCCUGCGAGCUGCUUCCACGGGGCAUGUCGGAUGGUCCCUUCUGCUUCGGCGAUUCGAACACGGGCUAUACUAUUGCACAUGUCUUCCGGUUGACUGAUCCAAAAGCCAGAGGCCGACGCCGUGCAUACGCUUUCGUCGCCCUUGCAGGUAAAGAUGCCAGUCGCGCCUUUCAGGCUUGUCCAAUGCUAUGGAACUCAUUCAAGCGCAUGGCCAAAGGUAUCGAAGCAGCCGCUCAAAGAAACCAGGACAGACAACGCGAGAGAGAGGAAAAGCUGUCAGCGGAAACAAACAGAGCUGGAGCUAGGAACUACACGCCCGUGUCUUCGUUCCUGACAUCCCGAACCAUGGAUCCGACCGGCCACCCUCGACGUGCUGGACAGGCCACACCUCGAAGCCUCGCCGAGAUUGUCGGUGACGAGAACAUCUUCGCAUUCCUCCACCAAUACUUCGUGGGCAUCCUUCGCUGCCUGGGCGAUCAAUUUGGCGGAACGCCACUGGUGGAGCAGCCAUCAGUGUUUCAGUCUACCAGCGAGGAAGCACCGCAGUUCAACAAGGCUGAUGUCGUAGGGAGACGGCAAAUAAGUAAUGGUACGAAUAUCCCGAGUCCUGGGCCGGAGCACAGUGGGAGCCUACAAGGUAAAGAUGCGACGCCGACGCCUCAAGGCUAUCAGAUGGGACCAACCAAGACUUGGACAUUGUCGCAAGUGCAGCUUCCGAAGACCACCACACCGAAGGAGGAUAAUGAGGAGGAUCUUGACCUCCGAAAAGUAGAGCCGCGAGAGAACCUCAGAGAAAAGGACAAGAACAAGGCAAUCACAGGUACCACCUUGUCAUUCAGGAAGUCGAACCCACAAUGUGCAGUUCCCCUCGCAGUCAACGAGACCGCCCAGAGGCAAGUCGUUGUAUGA